AUGGUGAAGCGUUACGUCGCUGCGAUUAGUCGUAAACUGAGGGAGCAAGCCGUUCGAUUGUCCGCGCCGAAGGCCCCUUUCCUUCUCAUGGAUGAUGUGGUCUUUGCAUCUCUGUGUCGCGAGCCUGUGCUCGGCGGACCUUCUUCCUUCAAGUCAAACAGAUGGUAUGGAGAGCAAAGUUGCAAUCACAGACCUCGCUCAAGCUUUGGGACUUGCCUUCGAGAAGCUAGAGAUGCGAGAAGAGCCUGCUGGCUGGUUGCCGAGCCGCAAACAGUGGCUUCUCCCAUCGAGACGGCGGCAGCAUCAACGCGGCAAAUUGAUCGGCUUCGUUUAGAGACCUUCCUACGUUUAUUUGGACAAGCGGAAAUUGAAAUGUCAAAACGAAUUCCAGUGUUCAGCUGCGCUGUCACAAAUGAGCGCUUCGGAAUCUGUUCCGACACAGCAAAUCGCGCUGUCACUUCUUGGCAAGACAACAGAAUCGUGCCAGUGUCUCCCGGUCUUGCCAGAUCAUCAGGCGGAGGCUGCAACGCUAGUGGAUCAGGAUCGAUCCUUGCCAGCAGACCCGAUUCAGCUCGAUCCACUUCACUCUGCUCCGGGGCAGGGACCAAAGUGGUUUCCAGCCUCCGUGGACAAUAG